AUGGCGGUACCAGAAAAUUUACGUAAUAAUUUAUUGACUGUUUUACAAAAAACGUUAAAACUGGUGCAAAAGAGAGUUUAUUUGCAUAGAAUUAUUUACAUAGCAAGUUAUGUUCAAGAUAGAAAUAACGAUCAAAUUCAAGAUAGCCGAGUUUUUAAUAUAACAGUAGACACGAAUAUUAAAUUAAUUAACGAAGAUUAUUGUGAAGAUUUUUUAACGGGAUUUGGAUUAUUUUACACUGGAUAUUUCAUUAAUAUUGUUGAAAGAUAUUACACGACGUGGAAUGGACGUACAGCAACUCCACCAGUACUUUUGGAAAAAAUAGAACAAACAAUUAGCGAUGAAACAAAAUUUCGUCAUAUUCAAAAUUGUAUUAUGAAAUUAUACAGAAUGUCAGAAUAUUUAAGAAAUCAAACAACUAAUCAUUUUAAAAUUGCUUUGGAUAACAUAUCGGAAUUAUGUCGAAGUAAUUUACCAGAAUUCAAUCUUUUAGACUUUUUAUUAGACUGUCCAGUACUGGUAGAUUUAAAAGAAUACAUUGAAAUGUACGGAUCGGUUCCCGAUUACACAUCAUAUUCCGAAUCUAUUUGGCCUUUGUCAUCAGAUUUUGUACCUCGUAAUAUUUUGAGCGAUACAAAGCCCAAAACUCUCAUAACGGCAGAUAAUGAUAACUUUAAAGAAUCUGAAGAGCUUGAAAUUUUCACAGAAGAAGAGGAAAUAGAGGAUAAAGAGGAUAAAGAGGAAAAAGACGAAAAAGAUGAUAUAAACAAAAGAUACGAAGACGUAAUGGAAAAACUUUAA